AUGUCGACGGCUCCUCUCAAAUCUACCGAGGUCGCGACCGGCGACGACCUCGCCAAGCAGAUUGCCGAGAUCAUCGACACUCAAGUCAAGGACGCGGCAUCCUUGACCAAGGCCACAUCUGCCCAAGACACGGCCAACAAGAUUGACCAGCUCUUUCAAAACACGCUCGCUGCCAACAGCGACGGCGCCGAGGAUUUUCUCUACACCUUUUGGGACGUGACGCUCAAGGCGGUCGCCACCAUCCCCGCCACAGAUCAGCGCCUGCACCAGCUCAUCACCGUCAUCCAGGCGCUGCAGAAAAAGGACACUGCCCAAGUCGAGAUUUGGGGUGCCAAGACGUCUGUCUGGAAGGACCUGCCCAUGUUGGGCCCCGCGCUGAGAGAUGCGUGGAACUUCAAGCCGGAGCUCGACGGCAAGGAGGACCACGCGGCGGUGCAGAAAUGGAUCUCGCUCAACUCGUUUGCGGCGCGCAUCCUCGGCCAACGGAUUCAGUCGUCGUUCAACCUCGGCCUGUGGGAGCUGCGCGCUGGCCUCGAGGAGAAGCACCCGUCCGAGGCGUCGCGCGACCUGCAUCUCAACACGGCCAGCGAGUGGCUCUGGCACGCUGGCGACGAGCUCCAUCGCCUGUCGACGGCCGCGAAUACGCUUAACCAGCAGGAGCUCGACAUUACCAAGACGGGAAGUCUGGUCGAGGUGCCUGGAAAGGGCCCGUCCAAGGACCGCUGGGUGUUUUGGAAGAAGCGCCUCGGCGAGCUGUCGUCGGAACUGUCGUGCGCGGCCAAGGAAGAGGGGCUCAAGGAGAGAGUAGAUGGCGUGGUAAAGAAGAUGAGCACGCUUGAAAAGGGCGGAAAAUAG